ACCGCAGGACAAAGGGUCCAGGCGCCCGUCGAAGCCUGGACUCCGCCGCCGCUGGCCCUGCCCUCGUCCGGACUCGCCCUGCUGGGUCUUGCAGGGAUGAUGCUGGCGGCCCUGCUGAGCACCCUCAGCUACCUGGGCCUCCACGCCCUCUGGCAGGCUCAGGCUGUUCCCAUCCUGCCCCUGGGCCUGGCUCCAGACACCUUUGAUGAUGCCUAUGUGGGCUGCUCAGAGGAGAUGGAGAAGAAGGCAGCCUCCCUGCUGAAGGAGGAGAUGGCCCACCAUGCUCUGCUGCGGGAGUCCUGGGAGGCAGCCCAGGAAGCCUGGGAGCACAGGCGACAAGGACUCACGCUGCCCCCCAGCUUCAAAGCCCAGCAUGGAAUAGCUGUUAUGGUCUACACCAACUCGUCUAACACCUUGUACUGGGAGCUGAACCAGGCCGUGCGCACAGGAGGCAGCUCCCGGGAGCUCUACAUGAGGCACUUCCCCUUCAAGGCCCUGCAUUUCUACCUGACCCGGGCCCUACAGCUGCUGCGGGGCAGUGGGGGCUGCAGCAGGGACCUCGGGGAGAUGGUGUUUCGAGGCAUGGGCAGUCUUCGCUUUGAAGCCAAGAGGCUGGGCGACUCUGUCCGCUUGGGCCAAUUUGCUUCCAGCUCCCUGGAUGAGGCAGUGGCCCACAGGUUUGGUAAUGCCACCCUCUUCUCCCUAAGAACUUGCUUUGGGGCCCCUAUCGAGGCCCUGUCUGUCUUCCCCAAGGAGCGUGAGGUGCUGAUUCCCCCCCAUGAAGUCUUCUUGGUCACCAGGUUCUCCCAGGAUGGAGCCCGGAGCUUAGUGACUCUCUGGAGCUAUAAUCAGACCUGCAGCCACUUCAACUGCGCCUAUUUGGGUGGUGAGAAGCGGCGGAGCUGUGUGCCGGGACCAGCAGCGGGGCAGCCAGAGUCUCCCUCCGCAGGGGCCUCCUCUCUGCUGUCCUGGAAGAGCCUGCUAUUGGUCCCUGGGGGGUUCCAGAUCUCAGGAGCUGGACCCUGAAAGUCCAGUGCCGGUCACUGAGGGGUCCUGGGAACUGGUGACCUUUGCGUGAAGGAGGGGGCUCUAAAUAGCCUCAAGAAGCAAAAACAUGGUCCUGACACAGCCCGAGCAGCCAUCUCUCCAAGCAGGAUGUGGGGAGACCUGAGGCCGUGGCGGGGUGGAGGGAGCCCGCUGCAUGGCAGGGACUUCUGGGACAACCCAGGGAAGUACUG